UAGCUUGCUGGGGAGUAAAAACCAUGGAAGGAAAAACUGGAUGAUACUUUAGGGGUUGUUUGUUUUGGAUAGUAUCUGUGGUUUGUCCGCACGACUUUCUGAUAAAGAGACGAUUGAAUAAUAAGCGUAGGGAAAGCCCAACGCUAUAAUAACUGUCCGACUGUUUGACUGGCCCCGCUCGUGCAGUCGAUGAGAUUCAGCGCGAGCUAACAGAAGUUAGCUGGACGGCUAUCGGACAAGGAGGAGGGGGACAAACCGUGAGAAGAGACGAAAAAGGUCGACAUAGAGCGCCGUCAUCAAACUUAGUAGCAUGUCGCCCUCGGAAAGUAACUCAAGCUUUGGAUGAGUUUCCGUGACGCGUCGAUCGCAGAGAGUUUGGGACUCGACGGUGGGUUGUGAUGUUUGUACCAGCGCGGGGCUCCGGUGGAGGCGCGACGGCGGUGCCCCGGAGUUGGCCGCAUACUCUUGCGUGGAAACUUGGGGGCUUAUUUCUCCUCCUGUUUCUCGAGGGGGCCCGAUGCCUCACCAACCCCAACAAUGUGCCAGGCAUAAACAACAACAAUAGACCGAACGUGAACGUGUUCAUGAGCGAGGAAGAGGUGAAGAAACUUCUGGGUCUUGAUGCCGAGCUAUACUAUGUGAGGGAUGAUGUGGUGAAUCUUUAUGCCCUGUCCUUCAUUCUGCCUGUGCCCAGUGAUACCAACAGCCUGCAUUUCACUUGGCAUUCCAGCAGCAAGGUGGAUUACAGGUUGGGGUUUCAGGUAGAAAACACAUCAGCCAUGGAUCAACCUCAGAGCAACAUCUCUGCCCAGGGAGAGGUCCCUCGCAGCCGCUCGGUAUUUAGAGUGGACCUGUUCUGUUCUGGUAAGGCCGAUGGAGAGGCUGUGUUAACAGUGCAGUUGAACCUGACAACGCCAGCCAACAACUUUACAGUGCUCAACUUCAAACGCAGGAAAAUGUGCUACCGAAGAAUUGAGCAGCCAGAACCCCCUAAAACUUUGCCCUUCCCAAACACAACCAUACAAAGAAUAGACCCAAGCAGUUCGAAUGCUCCUACCACUUCCACACGUGUUUUCUACAUCAGUGUCUGUGUGUGCUGCAUUGUCAUAUUCCUGGUGGCCAUCAUCCUUGCUGUGUUACACCUGCACAGCAUGAAAAGAGUGGAAAUGGAUGACAGCGUUAGUGACAGUGGAAGCUCCCAGGGACUGUCUCAGCCUUCCACCCAGACCACCCAGUACCUGAGGGCAGACACCCCCAACAACGCUACACCUGUCACCAAUGCUCAAACUGGCUCUGCUCCCAUGCUCCAGCUUGCAGGCGCCUCCUUCCCUCACCCUGGCGCUCCCUCGCACGAAACCAAAAGUUACCCCUCUCUGCGGAUAGAGAAGAAUGACUUAAGGAGCGUAUCACUCCUUGAGGCCAAGGCGAAAGUCAAAGACAUUGCCAUCUCCAGAGAGAGAGUAACACUCAGAGAUGUCUUGCAUGAAGGGACCUUUGGCCGCAUAUUCCAUGGAGUCUUGCUUGAUGACAAGGACCCAAGCAAAGAGAAACAAGUCUUUGUGAAAGCAGUGAAAGAUCAUGCUUCAGAGGUUCAGGUGACCAUGAUGCUCACAGAAAGCUGUAAACUACGAGGACUUCACCACAGGAACCUGCUUCCCAUCAGUCAUGUCUGUAUAGAAGAUGGUGAGAAGCCUAUGGUGCUGCUGCCUUACAUGAACUGGGGAAACCUGAAGCUUUUCCUGCGCCAGUGCAAACUUGCAGAGGCCAACAACCCACAGGCCAUCUCUCAGCAAGACCUGGUGCACAUGGCAAUACAGAUUUCAUGCGGGAUGAGCUACCUGGCACGGAGAGAGGUCAUUCACAAAGACCUGGCCGCCAGAAAUUGUGUAAUUGAUAACAGCAUGCAAGUAAAGAUCACAGAUAACGCACUCGCCCGCGAUCUCUUUCCUAUGGAUUACCACUGCCUCGGGGACAAUGAAAACAGACCUGUUCGCUGGAUGGCUUUGGAGAGUUUGCUCAACAAUGACUUCUCUAGCGCCAGUGAUGUGUGGGCUUUCGGAGUAACUCUUUGGGAGCUGAUGACCCUUGGACAAACUCCGUAUGUUGACAUCGACCCCUUCGAGAUGGCCGCUUAUUUAAAAGAUGGCUACAGAAUAGCACAACCCAUCAACUGUCCCGAUGAACUGUUUGCAGUCAUGGCAUGUUGCUGGGCCUUGGAUCCAGAAGAAAGACCAAAAUUCCAACAGCUUGUCCAGUGCCUCACUGAGUUUCAUGCAGCUUUGGGGGCCUAUGUCUAAUCUCUCACACAAGGCUUCUCACUACAAACCAGCAGCGAUGUUGAACAGCACUAUUCCAGAGUUACUGCAGUGCCUUACUUUAUCUAGCUAUUUUGUUAAUUGUUUCUUAUUUCACGCGAUAUAAAAUGCGGCUUUGUUUGGGAGGUGUAACCUAACAUCUUCUGUACGUCACAGCUGCAUUAAAUAUCGAGGACUAUUUUCUACACUCAUCCGAUUAUAAACAACUGUACAAAAUGCUGAUUUUAGGGUGUCUACAGGAAGCUGCAGUUCUCUUUGUUAUCUCACAAUGGAAACAAGAAAAAGUGCCCUAUUGCUAAAUAUUGCUGUCAAAGACUUGUGUAUGUGUAGAUACAUUUUCAAAGUUUGGAGUGGGAGGAGUUUUAUCUCCACUGCAUUUAUAUUUUCAGACAAUUAAGGUAUCCCCACUGCUUUAGAUCAAACUGGACAUGACAAUUGGUACGUUAAGUAGACUCUCUAAGAAAUAAGAAGACUGUAAGAUGAAUUUUCUUUUGUUCUCCAUACAAUCACACAAAUGGUGGAGCCCUAAUGCUGGCCAUAAGCUUUAUCUUUCUAAAUUAUGAGAUGGCAGCAGAAGUGUGGACCAGCGUGUUGUUGCCAUCCUGCAAGUCAAACUGGACUUUGGUACGGGGUUUAUGAAAUUCCUAAAACUUUUGAUGUUUGACUGUUCUGUGUCAGAACAAUGCCUUCCUUCUAUGUUUAAACUGUGUGAGUACAUGGAAAAGUAAAGAAAGUCACUGUGAAUAUUUGAAGUGUACAGCCUAAGCACCAUUUUUAAGAAAUGUUUUGUUAAGAAUCUAUAGGCUCUUUAUUCUAUCCUUGUGAUCACUGCAUGUUGAUUUUUUAAGGGUUUUGUAACCUUUACUUAAUUCAUACCAUACCAAUUAAAUGAAGCCUUUAAAAAAGGGGGAUCACAGUGUUGUUUUUGUUAUGGGUUUAACUCUUAAAGGGAUACUCCACUUUUUUGAAAAUAUGCUCAUUUUCCAGCUCCCCUAAAGUUAAACAUUUGAUUUUUGCUGUUUUUUGAAUCCAUUCAGCAAAUCUCUGGGUCUGGCGGUACUACUUUUAGCGUAGCUUAGCAUAAUCCAUUGAAUCUGAUUAGACCAUUAGCAUCGCGCUCAAAAAUAACCAGAGUUUUUUUUAUAUUUUUUUCCUAUUUAAAACUUGACUCUUCUCUAGUUACAUUGUGUACUAAGAACGAUGGUAAUUAAAAGUUGCAAUUUGUUCUUUUUGGGCGCUAUGGCUAGGAACUAUACUCUCAUUCUGCCAUUGAAAGUUACCAAGGGAACUAUUUUCAGGCACUGCGUAAUAUUAUUGCGCCUGCUGCAGCCAUUGUACAGCAGCAAAGUCCUUGAUUAUUACGCCAGAAUGAGAGUAUAAUUCCUAGCUAUAUCGACCUAAAAAAUUGCAACUUUUAAUUUUCCGUUGUUCUUAGUACACUUUAACUACAGAAGAGUCAAGUAUUAAAUAGGAAAAAUAUCAAAACUCUGGUUAUUUUUGAGCGUGAUGCUAAUGGUCUAAUUAGAUUCAAUGGAUUAUGCUAAUCUAUGCUAAAAUGGGUACCGCCAGACCCGGAGAUCAGCUGAAUGGAUUCCAAAACGGUAAAAAUCUAUUGUUUCACUCUAGGGGAGCUAGAAAAUUAGCAUAUUCUCAAAAAAGUGGAGUGUCCCUUUAAGUCAGAUAUAUCAACAGACAUAUCAAAUACUUCACAGAGCAGCUGAAUUGCGGAAGAGCAAUAGGGAAGAGUUAUGUAAUGGGGUUUGUGUUCUGUCUGGCUACAGAUUUGCACAAUCUGUAUGCAAUGUAACUUGAAGAUGUACUGUUUUGUAGCUGAUUGUUUGUUGAUCCUAUCAGCGUAACAUAUGUUAGGAUGUACCAUUCUAUGGCCAGAUGUGGACACUAGUUAGUGAAUCUGGUCACUGCAUUCAUUUCUAAAAGGUGUUUUUUUAUUAA